AAAAAUAUGAAACCAAAGGAUAUGGAUAUCAACCCAGAAGAGAAAAAAGAUGUAAAAAUCCAAGAAUCAUUAAAGAAAUGGUUAAGGAAUCAAAUUAAUGCAGGAUAUAUUCAGAAAGUUGAGAAAGGUGCAAUAGUCGAGAGAGUGGAAUUUGCCUGUAAUUUAAUACAUGUAGAAAAGAAAGGAAAAACGGAAUUAAGACAUUGUCAGAAUAUGACAAGGGUAAAUGAAUGUACAAUAGAAAGAUCACAAAGAAUAGGAUUUCUCGAAGCACAACUCAAAAAUGCAGUAGGAUAUAAGUAUUAUUCAACCAUGGAUAUAAGGAUGGGAUUUAAUAACCUAGGAAUAAAAAAAGAAGACAUAUAUAAAACAGCAUUUAAAUGUCUAUAUGGAAUAUAUGUACAAUUAGUUAUGGGUUUUGGAUAUAAAGAUGCGCCAACAGAAUUUCAAGAAACAAUGGAAAGAAUAUUCAAGGAAGUAAUAUUUGAAGAUUGGAUAUCAAUAUAUAUGGAUGAUAUACUAGUAAAAACAAACUCAACUAAAGAAAUGUUACAACACUUAGAAAAAGUGUUCCACUAUAUGAAAAAAGGAAAAAUUAAGGCAGAUCCAUCCAAAUGUGAAUUUAUGAAAAAAGAA